CCAGGGAAGAGAACGUGGCUACAUUCCGGGGCUCGGAGUACUUCUGCUACGACCUGUCGCAGAACCCCAUCCAGAGCAGCAGCGACGAGAUCACGCUGUCCUUCAAGACGUGGCAGCGCAACGGCCUUAUCCUGCACACGGGGAAGUCGGCCGAUUACGUCAACCUGGCGCUGAAGGACGGGGCCGUGUCGCUGGUCAUCAACCUGGGCUCGGGCGCCUUCGAGGCCAUCGUGGAGCCCGUCAACGGGAAGUUCAAUGACAACUCGUGGCACGACGUCAAAGUCACACGGAACCUGAGGCAGGUGACCAUCUCCGUGGACGGGAUCCUGACCACCACGGGCUACACCCAGGAGGACUACACCAUGCUGGGCUCUGAUGACUUCUUCUACGUGGGGGGCAGCCCCAGCACGGCCGACCUCCCUGGAUCGCCCGUCAGCAACAACUUCAUGGGCUGCCUUAAAGAG